AUGUACACUUUCCAAGUAAAUCACACUACUAUCAGAAGUGAGAGUGAUCUCAACUCAUUAUCUGAUAAAAGCUUGAAUGGAUAAAGGACUGUUAUCAAUAAAACUAGACCAAUGAAUUUUCAAUUUAGAAAGCAAUUGAAAGGAGCAAAGAGCUUUUAAGACGAAUAAAUACAAGAACUCCCUCAAUCUCGUCAAAUUCCUCUAAUAUCGAAGGAAUUCAAACACCAAAAGCUUUAAAUCAGAUCAUCAACUAUUAAACAUUAACAUCGUGAAAUGGAUAGUAUUUCGGAGUAGGUCUCGAACGAGAAUGUUAGCAAUAACUCGCCGAUAUUAAUAACAAUAAAAUCUAGCUCUGAGGAUAAUAGCGCAAAUUCAAAGAGACUUCUCCAAGAUUAAAAUAUAGAUAGUGCCCCCACCUCGGAUGUGAUUGACUUCAAUCAUUGUGGAAACAAAUUUCCCUUCAAUUUCAAUGACGCCUAUGCGUAGCAAACAGGAGUUGAUGAUGCAUAUACUAUCUUUAAAAAGGUACAUAAUAAUGUAGAAACUUAACUGGAGCAAAUCUCUUAAGGUUCUGAUACUUUCAUUGACGAUCUUCUCUCAUACAAUGGAGACAUAUUAGAAGAUUAUUCGUAUCAUACCAAACAAUCUUAAGUCUUCUCAGGUUCGACAUAUAAUUAGAUUAGGCCGAGAUCUAAAAGAUACUAGAAAUCUUCUAUCCAAUCAGAGGUGAAUCUGAGAAAGAGUUCCUUUUAAAAAGAGUUAGGAUCUCCUCUUCCUGACAAUCAGAUAUUGUUACCAUUUUAAAGACAGAGAAAACUAACCACAAAUACUAAAUAAGGCACAGCAUCUUCUAGAAAAUCCGUAGUCCUUCACAGAAAGCAGCCAUCUGAGUCUUGUAUCCCUUAAGAUAUUCUUGACAGUUGCGACAAUCACAUGAGCGCAUAGACCUAUAAGAACCUAACUCUUCAAAUUUUUCAUCAGAUCAACUAUAUCAAAUAGAUAGAUAGAUUACCUUAAAUUUAUGACGAUCAAAUAAUCCAAUUCAAAUACAAGAAACCAGGAUUCAAUAAAUUGCUAAUAAUAGAUUUAGACCAGACCCUGAUUAAUUGCCAUCGAAGAAAGUAAAAUCAGAGUAACACUAGUAGUGAGGAGGAAAAUUAGGACUAGAGCUUUGAACCUCAGUAAAAUCAAGUACCCUUAAUACCUAUUCAGUUUGUUGAUACUGAGACAGGUUAAGUCUUUAAGACAGAAUUCUCAAUUAGACCUUUCGCAAUAGAUUUUCUUCGAUAAGCUAAUCAAAGAUUCGAGGUCGCAAUAUUCACCGCGGGCUUCGAUUGGUAUGCCAAUCCAAUUUUAGAUAAAUUAGAUCCUGACGGAGAACUUAUUUAACAUAGAUUCUUCCGUAAUCAUUGCACUUACGUUGAAGAAUAAGGUUUUUAUGUGAAAGACUUGAGAAUAUUUAAGGGUUUAGAUCUCAAAGAUGCCCUGAUUAUUGACGAUAAUGUUUACUCAUUCGCUUUCCAUUUAGACAAUGGAGUCCCUAUUGUACCCUUCUUUGGAGACAAGGAAGACAAAGAAAUGAUUAAGGUUAUUAAGUAUUUGAAAAGUAUAUAAGAUAAAGAUGACCUUAGAAUAAUCAACAAUAAGGUGUUUUAAUUGAAGAAAAUAUUAAGGUCAAAUAUAUCAAACUUUAUUAAAUACUAUGACCUUGAUGUAAUUUCGGAACAAUAAAAAAAGGAGGAUGAGAAAAGUAUUGAUAGAGAGCAAUCCAUAUUACUAUAAUAAAAUCAACCUUGCAACGAGAUCCUCUCAAAUGUAUAACAGGAAGAUGAAAACAAUUCAAUGACUGUAGAGAUACUUGAUAACAUUUUAAUAGAUGACAAAUCAUAUUUCAACAAUAAUGAUGGAAAAGAAUGCUUGACUGCAGAACUUAAUAAAAGAUCUUUCCUUUCUUAAACAAAAAAUAUCUUCAGAUCUUAAAACGAUGAAGAAUUAGAGAAUGACUUCUUCGAUGAAAUGUAAAAUCACCACAAUCAGACAACUUUAGAAAAUGAGGAGAGUGAGCGAAGAGAGAAGAGCUUUCAUUCAUACCCUUCAAAAAAAUUAUAAUAAAAGGUUGGCAUUAAAAAAGCAAUUUCAAGCAUUAGUCUGAUGUCCUAACAUCUACUUCACUAUGUGCCACAAUUGAAAUCAUAGAGUCUUAUUUAAGAAGAAAUUUAGUCAUUUAUUAAGCCACCUAAGAGGACCAAUGACAAUUAAUUGAGCAAGUAAACCACUUAAUUCAGCAAGAAUAUCUCUACAGUGUCAAAGAGUAUCGAGUCUGAUUUAGACAACUGGUAGAAAGCUUAUUAGAAAAUUUGCAAAAAUGGCAAUAUUAAUGACCUCAUUAGAUUCAGUCAACUAGAUAAACUUAGUAACAACAGCAAAUAAAAUAAAUAGCUCUACAUGUAGAAGCAUUUUAGUUACCCAAACGUAUCAAAUGUACCUUAACAAACUAGAAAUAAACGAUUACAUUCAGAGUGA